UACUUCAGCAUCACCUACAGAUUACUUCACUUCGCAACCAAUGCAGCAACGACAAAGACAACAAACACCUACGACCACCUCAUCACCUAUUAAUUUCUCGACAAACACGUUUAAAUCUCAUGCAAGAACAAAUUCAAUGGCCUUGGACUCCAUCGAACAUGAAAGUGAAACCGGAACGACAAUGAUGACGGAACCAAUGAGGAAUAUAGGAUUACAAAAUGUUCAUAAUUCGCAGCAAAGGUACGUCUUUAUGGAUACGAAUGACAAUAAUCCCUCUAUUGACAAUAAUAUCAAUAAUGGGUUUGUUGUUGAGGGAAGUGGUGUCUAUGGUCGAAUGUCUUCCUCCAAUGAGACUCACCUCCGAAUUUUCAACAAGAUCCCACAACGUCUGAGGAAGAAAGAAGACGACAUAAACUACUAUACCGAAUAUCCUUCUAAUAACGAUCAAUCAAGAAUGUCUAACGCUAAUGCCAUAAAUGUCCUAUCUCGAAGAUCGAGUUGCGGCAAUUGCGGAGGUUUCAAGUUCGGUAAUCACACUGGUUAUCUUGAAGUCACUUCCAUCGGUGUUGGCCAUGGUGAUGAUUAUGAACAAUAUGAUGGAUUAUAA